AUGGCGAGUUCAAGCACCGGUGCUAUCCAGGCUGUUGUAGACAGCCUAGCUGGAGCAGUCCUUGAGAAGGAUGCUUCUCAGGGCGAGUCUAGAUCUAGCGCAAAACCCGCACCAGUAGUUUCCUUGAUCAAUGAACGUAUCUCGGGAGAAUAUAAACUCCAGAAGGAAUUCGAACACAAGUCUGCUAGCUCUUGUACUGCUUAUCUACAAAGCCCGGAAUCCCACGUUACCAAAUACGGAGCUUCCGUCCCACGACUAAAGCUCGAGGUUGAGCCUUUCACGACGCAGAUCGCUCGUAUUAGGAUCACAGAUGCGGACAGGACGCGAUGGGAGAUCCCGGACGAAUAUGUUCCUAUCGGAGCCGAUAUACCCCCAGAAGUACAGCGCCCUGCAGUCGCCGGUUUCGACGUCUCAAUAAAAGCCGAUGAUGGAGACCCAGGAUUCACAAUUUUCCGCAGGUCGGACAAUGUCCCAGUCUUCGAUACUCGGGGUAUAUCACUUGCCUACACUGAACAAUAUAUCGAAAUCGGGACGAAGCUGCCUAAAGGAACAUUUGUAUACGGGAUGGGGGAAGUUGUUGGGCCGUUUUGCCGUGAAACUGGGCAUAGAUAUGCAUUCUGGUCUCGAGACGCUCAAACACCGCUACAUGAAAACUCGUAUUCCAGUAUGCCGAUGUUUAUUGGAAUGCACAAUGGCAAAGCCUUCGGUAUCUAUCUGCACAACUCCAAUGCAUUGGAUAUGAUAUAUACCAAAGAUGUCAUGACCUAUAAAAUCGUCGGGGGUAUCGUAGACUUCUUUGUCUUCCUUGGCGAAAGUUACGAAGACGUUGUCAAGCAGUACCAACAAGUUACUGGAUUUCCUCAGCUACCACCCUAUUGGUCGCUUGGCUAUCAUCAAUGCCGUUGGUACUACACCACCACCGAGAAACUUGACGAGGUCAGACAGAUGAGUAUGCAGGUGGACAUCCCAGUCGAUGUCUUCUGGCUUGACAUCGACUACAUGAUCAAAUAUCGACUCUUUACUCUCGAAGAAGAGAGGUACCCAUCCUUUAUCGACUAUAUCGAAAGAGAGAUUCACAAAGACAAUCACAAACUUGUAGCUAUUCUGGACCCUGGUGUCAAGAACAAAGUUGACGAUUACUACCCCUGGACCCGCGGAAAGGAGCUGGAUAUUUUUCUUAAAAACGGGAACACCGGGGAAGACUUCGUCGGAAAGGUCUGGCCGGGGCAUGUCGUUUUCCCAGAUUGGGUCCACCCAAAAAUCCAUCAAUAUUGGACAGAAAUGCUCAGAGAAUGGUUCAAAAGGUUGCCUGUGGAUGGUAUUUGGCAUGAUAUGAAUGAAUGUAGCAAUUUUGCGAAUGGAGAUGUUCACGAAGCUGGUGGAAGUGCAUUAAUCGACGAUAUUUUAAUUCCUACAGACACCGAAACGGUUGAUGAUAUGGCCAAGGCCGCUGCUGAAGGUGUUGAAAUCGACCCGAACGCAAUGCAACGAGGGGAGGCUAAACCCGAGCCACCACCUGCCUUUGAUCCAACGCGACCAGCAGGUCUUACAAAUCCGCCGUAUAGUGUCAACCAUGGUGGCGUGAACUGGCCACUGCACGCUCGGAGCAUUUCGGUGGAUGCGACACAUUAUGGCGGGGUGCUUGAGUAUAACGUUCACAACCUGUUUGGGCAUUUGAAUUGCAGGACUUCAUACAAUUCGAUGCUAGAGAUUAAACCAGACGAAAGGCCCUUCAUUUUGACUCGGAGCGCUUUUGCGGGAACUGGCAAAUAUGCUUCAAAAUGGUUGGGAGAUAACUUUAGUCAUUGGGAAUCCAUGAGACAUUCGAUUUCCGGGAUAUUGAACAUGCAGAUGUUCGGUAUUCCACACAUUGGUGCUGAUAUUGGAGGCUUCAAUGGUGGCCCGUCUGAAGAGCUCUUAGUCCGCUGGUUUCAGCUAGGUUCUAUGUAUCCAUUUUGCCGGAACCACAAUAUGCCUAACACGCCGCCACAAGAAGCAUAUGUCUCAGCAGCUGUCGCCACUGUAGCAAGAAAAUAUCUCACAUUCCGCUAUAGGAUCUUGCCGUUCUGGUAUACUGCAUUUGCCAAAGUUAAACAGAGUGGAGGCAGCGUCGUCCAACCAGUCUGGGCUGUAUAUCCGCCCACCCUAAAGAAGACAACCGAGGAAGUCAAGAAAAUCUAUGAAGAGAGCAAUGACGCUUUCUUGAUUAACAAGAAACUGCUGGUUCUUCCGGUUGUUCGUGCGAACGAGAGGGAGGUUAACGCCUGGUUUCCGAGGGGUGUGUGGUAUGAUGCAUUGACUGGGAAAGUCUUUUCUUCUGGGAGCGAUAUAUGGCGAACGGUAUCUGCGCCGCUCGAUACAAUUCCGGUUCGUAUUGCCUUCGAUAUUUCAUUUUGGGUUUAUGAUUCAGAACCUAACAGUUGCUAUCUCAAGCUAUUUUUCCGUGGAGGGUCUAUAAUUCCGAUGCAUUAUAAUAAGUCGGGACAGACGACUGUUGACUUUAGAAACGGAGGGCUAUCGCUUGCGAUAUACCUUGACUCUGAGGGCAAAGCCAACGGCGAUAUCCACUUGGACGAUGGGAAGACAUUUUCAUCUAAGAUAUCGAUGAUCACCCUCUCUGCACAUGUUGACCCUGACUUGAAUAUAUUGACCUUGAAGACAGAUGGAAGGUUCGAGUACUUGUCAGUGGGGAACCCGGAUGAGGUAACGAUACGAGAAAUUAUAGUCGAGUCGAUAACCGGAAACUUCAAGAAGACUCAUACUAGGAUCUAUCUUGGUUUUCCCCAGACACAUACCUUUGAAUUGUAG